UAAAUGAAAUAGCUUCAAAAUCAUUUACUUUUUAUAUCAUGUUUAUUUUAUUACAGCAUGACAAUUUAAAAUAUUAAAACAUUAAAUUCAUGCACAUUGAAGCUAACUUGACUGACCUUUUAUGAAUAUAAACAUCAUUACUGCAAAUGAGGAUCCAAACAGCGUUUGCAGCCUGUCUUUCAGGCGGAGAUUUGCGACAUGCGGUAUUUACCCACAAUUGAUGUUUAAACAUCCCCGUUUCAAAGCAUUUAUUCAACAAAAUAUAAUUUAUUUAACAUUUUGUGAUAACGUAAUAUUCACUUCAUAAAGACUGUAAUACCGUGUGAUGCAUAAAUUAAAUGCAAAAGCAUAUUGUCGGGCUUUAAAUGUCUCCCCUCCCAGGCGACACUCGCACUUUAAGCUUGCCCACUUUCUAUUUUCAAGCGCAUUAGGUGGACGUAGCAAACUUACUGAUUUUACUCGGAAACAUAUAGUAGGAAUGUCUCUGUUGUGGUUGGGGCUGAAAGAGUGAGAAUUAAAGAUUAAACAGAUAUAUAGCUUGCCUACGACCCAUAAGUAUUUAUUCAGAGAUUAACGUUAAAAGGUCAUCUGUACGGAACAUCGUUGUGUACGGAAUGGAUUCGUCAUCAAAAUGACACAUGUCUUUAGCUUGUUCUCUUGGAUCUUGAUUGUACUCGUUCUUGAUGUGACCAGUGUUCAUGCAGUUGUUGUGUCCCUGUCGCUGUCUGUGACGGAGGGAGAAUCAGUCACUCUACACACUGGUGUUAUGAAACAACAGCAUGAAGAUGUUAAAUGGUAUUUUAAUAAGACUCGCAUCGCUCAACUCAAUGGAGAUGUCAGUGAUAUGUGUACAGAUGUUCAGUGUAAUGAAGGCACUGAGAGAUUCAGAGGCAGACUGAAGCUGGACCUUAAGACUGGAUCUCUGAUCAUCAUAAACAUCAACACCACAGACUCUGGAGAAUAUCAACUAGUGGUCAACGGCAAUAGUGGAAAGAUCUUUAAUGUUACAGUCCAGGAUGAUCCUGCUGCUCAUCGUUAUCAAAUAAAGGGAAACCAGGGAGAAUCUGUCACUUUUAAUCCUUACAUGAGAAGAGACAUAAAUGUUAUGAGGUAUUUUUUUAAUGACAUUCUCAUUGCUGAGAUCACUGUAAAUCAGAGUCAGAUCUGCACUAAUGUUCGGUGUAAAGAGAGAUUCACAGACCGACUGAAACUGGACAGUGAAACUGGAUAUCUGACCAUCACGAACACCAUAAGCACAGACUCUGGAAAUUAUACAUUAGAGAUUUUCAUCAGAAGCGAUGAACGCUUCAGCAUCACCAGAGAGAAGACAUUCAGCCUUACUAUCACUUCUCCUCCACCUUCACAUCUUUCUGAAGGUGCAAUAGCAGGAAUAGUUGUGCUUGUUGUCGCUGCUGCUGCUGCUGCUGUUGUUGGCGGUGUGAUUUACUAUCUUUGCCACAGAAAAAAGGAAGCAGCAGCACAGAAUGUAAGACUUACCAGCCUGAUCUCACGACGUAACGAAGACGUUGCUGGAGAGGACGUUGCUGGAGAGGACGUUGCUGGAGAGGACGUUGGUGGAGAGAGUAUGCUGAGAGAAUCAUAAUGAGGUAAAUAACAGAUAAACAAGCAGAACUUCAGCUUUCUGUGGUCAACAUCUUGUUGACAGGACAAUUCCUCAACCCAGACGCCUGUGGCCAGCUUUAAUACACACUUUAUGCACUCCGUCCAAGAUCCCAGAGACCUGCACCAAGAACGGUUACUCAUUCACCUUACAGAACUCAUCACUGAAUUAUAAGCUCUUUUAAAAUGGACAAUAGCUAUGUUACCAUCUAAAUAUGCACAUUAAGGGUGCUUUCACACCUGUGAAUCGAUUCAGUUGUUCCGAAACAGAGAUUACAAUUGUUACAUUGUUGCUCUUUGCUCUUUGAGCGGUUCGCUUUCACACGGCAAAGUUUCUAUUC